ACUCUAUUAUCAUUCGUCUCUUACAAAUAAUCUCAAGUAUACAUUGAUCGUUUCGUAUUCUCAUCAGCAGAGCAAACAAAACUUUUCCCGAUAACUAUGGCAGAGGAAACCAAGAACGUUGAGGUGCCAAAGGUAGAGUCGGAGGAAUCAUCAGCAGCGGCCACAGAGGUCACAGAUCGUGGACUGUUCGAUUUCUUGGGGAAGAAGAAAGAUGAAACAAAACCAGAGGAGACCGCCAUAGCGUCUGAGUUUGAGCAAAAGGUUCACGUCUCGGAGCCGGCGCCUGAGGUUAAACACGUGGAAGAAGAAGAAGAGAAGAAGCAUCAUAGUCUCCUCGAGAAGCUUCACCGCAGCGACAGCUCUUCAAGCUCCUCAAGCGAGGAAGAAGGGGAAGAUGGUGUGAAGAGGAAGAAGAAGAAGGACAAGAAGAAGGUAACUACUGAAGGAGAGGUGAAGACGGAGGAGGAGGAGAAGAAAGGUUUUAUGGAUAAGCUGAAGGAGAAGCUUCCUGGACACGGAAAGAAGCCUGAAGAUGCUCCUCCACCCGCACCGGUUGUUGCUCCUCCGGUGGAGGAAGCGCAUCCGGCGGAGAAGAAGGGGAUCUUGGAGAAGAUUAAGGAGAAGCUUCCAGGCUACCAUCCCAAGACUGUAGAGGAGGAAAAGAAGGAUAAGGAUGAUCAUUAAAGAUAUGAAAUCAUGAUGUGUUCUUUGUGUUGAAUGAUAUGAUCAUCUUUUGUUUUUGUGUUGUUGGAAGUUUGUUGGCUUUUUUAUUAUUUCCUUUGUUGAUUUCAGCUUUCCUUGUCAUGUGUUGUAUAUGAUGAUUUCAAAGUUGUGUUUUAUGGUAUGAUUAUUUUCAUUUUCCCUUAAAA